UCAUAAUUUUAAGAUAAUGAAGAGUGUUAUAUUUUCUGCUGUUUUUGCCCUGCUCUGUCAAACCACAGAUUCUUACAAGACCUUCGAAUGUGUACAAAAAGACGAGGCGCCAUCCGUUAUUCCAGUCGCCUUUUACGCUUAUAUUUCCCGCACGUUUAAAGCCCUUUCGCCAUAUAAACCUUUUAUAUUCGAUGCUGUGGAAACAAAUCUUGGAAAUGGAUACGAUAGAAAAACUGGCAUUUUCACUGCAUCAUCCAGUGGUGUGUAUGCAUUUUCUUGGACCAUUCACGCCGCCGGUACACAUCACGCUGGCUCUAGUGGUAGUCAAUUUGGAGAGAUGGCGGCGGUGUUGACACAAAAUGGAGUCGCAAAAGGGUCGGUCUAUGCAGAUACAGAAAAACAACAUGAUGACGCUUCAGCCACAGGGUUUGUGAUUUUGGCUGCUUCGAAGGGAGACAAGUUUCAAAUCAUAUGUCCAAUGGCCGGCCAGGGUGCUUUUUUCAGCACUAAAUACAAUGGGAGGACAUCUUUUUCAGGAUAUCGCAUUGCGUAA